AUGCAACCCAAUCAACGAGAGAUUCAGCGACAGCUGAUGACAAAGUACAAUAUUAUUGAUGAUGGGCCAAUUGACGCAAUCACCGAUCCCCAGUGGCCGACGUCAUGCAAUCAAGUAUUUCGCGAUGUUCGGCAACUCGGGAAAACGGAAUACCAAGGCUAUCAUGCUAGCAUUUCCGCCGAUUCUUCGCAGGCUCCGUGGAGAAUCCAGGCGAAAGUGCGUGCUGAAUCAAUCAGUCAAAGAGUCAAGCAAUGCAUAAAGGCCAGGAAGAAUGAGAUCAGCUGGCGCUUGACGAUCGAAACCAGAAUUAUGGCCCGGUUCGACACGGAAAUUGCUUGGGGUCGCCUUUGGCGGUCUGAGCAAGAAGCCACCUCAACCAGUGACAAGGCUGAUGACGACUACAACUCGCUGAGGGCCCGACAGAGGAGACGCCAGCCCUGCAUGUGCAGUUCAAAUGAUACCGUACGGGAUGUAUUUGAGCAAGGCACCAGUCCUCUCUUCGACGACAAAGCCGACCAAGCAAUCAUAUAUCCUCCAGAGCUACUAGCCGAGUUACCAAAGCGUGAAGAGCGCCCAGACAGGAUCUAUGGGCUAAAAGCCACUGAACGAUUUUGUCGAUUGUUAGGCUUAGUUCCGGGUAUCAGGAUCACCCCUUUCAAGCCCGAUGGGGAACCUAUCAUUUUUCCUUUUCUCGUGAUUGAGGCGAAAUCUGAAAAGGCGAGCUACAACUUCAGCGAUAUCCAGAUUCAAACAAGUUUUGUUAUCCGAGAGCUUCUGUCUAUACAGCAAGGAUUGGCAGCCGUUGCUGAAGAGGACCAAGAUUGGGACGCCGGUCCUCUUGUCUGGUCACUCUCUUACAUGGGUGAGCAGUGGAGGGUAUCCGCAGCCUAUACGCAGGUACAGGGUGACGAUAUCUCUUAUCACGUGGUUCGACUUUGGCACGGUUGUAUUGACUCACUCGACGAUGCUUUGCGACUUCUUCUUAUCAUAGAUUACAUCGCCGAUUGGGCACGAGAUCUAUAUCGCGAAGGUAUAGCCCGGGGCCUUCGAAAGUUAGCUCAAUGUGAUUCGUCAAGUCUUGCCCGGGAUGAGGAUGUCGCGUCUCUUUCAGGCGACAUGGGUACAUGGCUCAACAGUCUCUUUGAUACCAACCGUGAUGCAGUGAGCCAGGUCCUGAGAGAUCCUCUUCACGAGUUCGACACGGAGGCUGGUGUUUUUCGAGAUCCUAGAUUUGUCCGCUCUAAAUGUCGGGGCUUGGUAAUCACCCACAAUAAUGUCGAGGAGUUUCUCCGCACAGAACUGACUAACUACGCCACUGGCAAUCUAAUAUCUGACCUGAUUGCGAAUCUCAAGGGGGCUUGCCGUAUGACAGGCCGUCUUCUAAAUGACUUAGAGCUCUUGUGGACCGAUACCGAUCGGGAUUUGUCAGAUAUUGUGCAACCGGAAGAGACUUUCUAUGUUGUUGUCACAACAGUGUUCUAUCUGAACUCGGACUGGAAUCCAUUCAGGGAGUUGAGUUACCUUGCAGUCUCGCAGAGACUUAUCUCAGAUUCAGUUCGGUCCGCAACUGAAGCACUGGGACAUAUACACGAGCUUGAGAAAGCUCGUCUUGUCGAAAGGAUUGAUGCGUUUAGUGAUCUUCUCAAAAUGUCUGCUGAAGAUAACCUGGGCGCAUGUCUAUUCAACUUUUGCCUCCGUACUGACACAACAUCAGGAGCUGAGUACGGUAUUGUUUGGAAAGCUUUGACAGAAGCAGAUCCAGACGACGAUACACAGGCACAAAUUGUGCUCCGGUCAUACAUGUGGCCUACAGCACGGCUAUUCAUUACUCGUAUUCACUCUAUGUACACGAUUGGGAGGAAUGAACUGAAGAUGCCUUUCCUCCGAACAUCAUCGUCCAUAGAUAGGGUGGCAACGGCAUAUGAUUUAAGAGAGCGAGCAGACCCUUUGGAGACAAGGUGGCCAUGGAACACCGUUCGGGCGACCAAUACGUGGGGAGUAUCUGACAAGCAACUGGUAUUUGUCAGGGAGAUUCCGACCGUGACAUAUUAUAGGACUAAGGUCUGUAUCUUUGUCCUGAAUGAAUCCUUCGCGACAAAUGGUAUACCCAAAAACCAAAUCUCAGGUCCCCCGAAGAAACAUAUCGAGGUGCCAGCACUAAGUCAAAAUUAUGACACUGCCAUACAGGGUCGUGGCCAGGUCUCGCGUCAUCGGUUAUUUACCGCUUGGAACGGUGCCAUAACAACAUCAGACAAUACAAGCCUGCUCAAAGAAAAGCUUGACUUAUUUAUUGGAGCUUUAAAGCGUCAAAAAACCUCGCAGUCCAUCUUUAAAUGGCAUCGGAUCACGACAGGUUGGGCAGUUGAGCAGCAACUGAAGCCUUUUGAUUUUACGCGUAACAGGCCUUUUGAACGGCAGGUUUGCCAGAACUCAGUGAGCAAUAUUAUUCUCGAAGUUGAAAAGUUUAGCGACCAUUUGGAGCACUACGAGUGGAAACUACCUGGGUUGGAGAUCGACGAGAAGGAUUGCCACAUUGCGGCCUUUUCCCCUGGUAGUACGGUCACAGGACCAAGCCAUGUAUCAGACUCGAUGCUCACAAGAGAUAUCUCUUCCACAACCAGCACACAGGCGCCGAAAAGGAAACGGGGUAUGAUGGACUUGGAAUUAAUUCUUAAUGAAUCUGAGAGUUCGGCACAUGCAGAGAGGCGGGUUCGUCAACAAUAA